AUGAGCAUGCAGGAUCCAAAUGAUUCGUUUCCAGAGGAAAUUGCUGCCAUUAAAGAAGACCUGGAAAACAACGACACUGCUGCAGCAGCUGCAAAGAUUCAAGAAUAUUUAGAAAGACAAAAUAAUGUUCCACUAAAUAUCGCCAUCACAGGGGAGUCUGGAGCUGGUAAAUCCACCUUUAUUAAUGCUUUCAGAGGGCUGUCCAAUGAUGAUGAGGGAGCUGCUCCUAAUGGUGUUACAGAAACCACCAUGGAGGUUAUAGAAUACCCCCAUCCAAACUACCCCAAUGUUAAAUUCUGGGAUCUUCCUGGGAUCGGCACCACCAACUUUCCAGCUAAGAAGUACCUGAAGCUUGUUGGAUUUGAGAAGUUUGACUUCUUCAUCAUCAUCUCAGACACUCGCUUCAGAGAAAAUGACGUGAACCUCGCUCAGGAGAUUCAGAAGAUGAAGAAAAAGUUCUACUUUGUUCGCUCAAAGAUUGACAACGAUAUAAAUGCUGAGAGAAGAAAGAAAGACUUCAAUCCAGAGAUGGCUCUCAUAAAAAUGAAGGAAGACUGUAUUGGAGGUCUUCAGAAACAAGGCGUGAAGUCUCCACAGGUGUUCCUGGUGUCCAGCUUUGAGCUCCACCUGUACGAUUUCUCUCUCUUACAUCAGACCUUAGAGAGAGACCUUCCUGCACACCAGAGAGAUGCUCUGCUGUUUGCCAUGCCCAACAUCAACCUGGAGAUCAUCAACAAGAAGAAAGAAGCUUUUCAGUCUAAAAUAAAAUACUGGGCUACUCUGUCUGCAGCUGCAGCAGGGGUUCCAGUUCCUGGACUUUCCAUUUGUGUGGACCUGUCCAUGAUGGUUAAUGUAGCCGUAGAUUACGUAGCUGGAUUUGGGCUUGAUAAGCCAUCACUAGAGAGACUUUCUGCCAGCUCAGGUGUGCCCUACACUGAGCUGCUUGAGGUCCUCAAGUCACCACUGGCUGCAGUAAAAAUAACCAAAGUGUUCCUCCUGAAGCUGUUGACCCAACUGACCAGCACAGCUGCACUCAUGGCACUAGAGGAAGGAUCCAGGUGGAUUCCAUUAAUAGGAAUCCCUCUGGCUGCAGGCCUCUCCUUCACCACAACCUACAGAGCUCUGAAUUAUUUCCUCACUGAGCUCGCUGAUGAUGCUCAGAGGGUGUUUAAAAGGGCUGUUGGUCUGAACACCUCAGUCUGAUAUUAUAAAUGGCAACUUCUUUAAUGACACUUAAAACUAGUUUAAGCCAAAAAACAAGGUCUUGAUCUUUUUCAAAGUAGACUGAAUUAAAUUCUCCUGACAUGGAUCGCUUAAAUUAUAACCGAGGCUUGUAGUAUAGAGUAGUUCCUCUGAUCAGAGCAGAAACAACAGCUUAACUUCUCCCAGCUUCUCACACUCAAACUUUCCAUCACAUCAACACAGGAACUAUUGUGAUCUUAUUAUUCAGACAUGAACUGUGUAUAAUGUAGAAGAGCUGCUGAAUCAUUGCAAUGAUGCGUUUCUUUGUUCUUUGUGUUGUUGUUAUUGUCAGCACUAGAGUGUGAUGAGACAGAUUGUUUUGUUAUCACAUCAUAGCAUCCAGCAGAAUAAAUACCAGCUAUUAAAGAGUGUUUGAUGUAAUGUGAUGAGCAGAGGUGUGUAGAACAGAAACUGCUCUGUGGUGUUUGAGUCCUGAUGAUUGUAGAUUGUGAUGAGUGUUCACUGCCCUCCAGCGGUCACAGUGAGGAACUACAACACAAAUAAUACAGAUAUGACUGCAUGUUCAUCAACGUUAUUCCUGCUUGCUUAUAAUAAAUAAUGUUAUUGAUAAAGAUAUUAACAUUAAUUGUUAUUAGUAGUAGUAUUUUAUUUUGAUGAAACAAUAGAUUCCACUGCACCAAACAAUACAUUGUAAUGAGUAUUAUCUUGGGUGGACAGAAUAUUAGAAACACUGGUUUGACUCUGAUCGUUCUUACCUACAAAAGACUUGAGCUUUUUCUGUCCUAAUGUAGCAAAAUAAAACAUAAAGUCUGCUGCUGCAAUUAAUUGUUAUUUUCUUUCAAAGCUAAUUGGUUCUUAGAUAUUUGGUCUAUAGACAAAUUAAGAAGCAGUGGAAGAAUCUCUGGUUUUCGCUCAUUAAAUUGCAGAAGAAUUUGUCCAAAGGGUCAUCAAUAAAUGCACUCAUACUUUCACCCAACACGUUCUCAUCACAACACUUAACAAACCAACACUGUGACAAAUCGUCGGUAUGUUACAGGCAUGAGAGCGGGUUGGAAUGAAUCUAUAAAUGUAAGGUGAGGGUUAAGGUCGGGGGUGGAUGUAGAAGGGUGACAUGUUCCACCCUAAAAUGAUCUC